AUGGCUCCAUUCGCAGGUAUCAAAGAAUUACCACCAGAUCCAUUGUUCGGGUUAAAGGCACGUUACAAUGCUGAUUCUCGUACAAAUAAGGUUGAUUUGGGGAUUGGUGCUUACAGAGACAACAACGGGAAACCAUGGAUUUUGCCUGCUGUAAGACAAGCAGAACAGAAAUUAAUCAACUCACCUGAUUACAACCAUGAAUAUCUUUCCAUCAGUGGAUAUGCUCCAUUUACUGAAAGUGCUGCCAAAGUUAUUUUGGGCGAAAACUCAUUAGCUAUUAAAGAUAAAAAAAUUGUAUCACAACAAAGUUUAUCAGGUACCGGUGCCUUGCAUUUAGCUGGUGUUUUCAUUAAACAGUUUUAUCAAGGAAAUCAUACUAUUUAUUUGUCACAACCAACUUGGGCCAAUCACAAACAGAUUUUCGAGUACAUUGGUUUCAAAGUUGCUAGUUACCCAUAUUGGAACAACGAUACCAAGUCGUUGGACUUGAGUGGGUUUUUGAAAACCAUUAACAGUGCUCCAGAUGGUUCAGUGUUUUUGUUGCAUGCAUGUGCCCAUAAUCCUACAGGUUUAGAUCCUAAUCAAAGUCAAUGGGACGAAAUCUUGGCUGCCUUGGAAAAAAAGAAGCAUUUUAUCAUUUUUGACUCAGCAUACCAAGGUUUUGCCAGUGGAGAUUUGGAAAAAGAUGCUUAUCCGAUUAGAAAGGCAAUUGACUCUAAAGUUAUCACGUCGCCAAUUAUUAUUUGUCAAUCGUUUGCCAAGAAUGUUGGUAUGUACGGAGAAAGAGUUGGUGCCAUCCAUGUGAUACCAUCGACUGUUGAAUCUAACGAGCCAUUGAAUCGAGCUAUAAAGUCUCAAUUGAACAGAAUCAUACGUUCAGAACUUUCGAAUCCUCCAGCAUAUGGUUCUAAAAUUGUUGCCACCAUAUUAAAUGAUCCACAAUUAUAUUCUCAAUGGCGUAAAGAUUUAGUCACAAUGUCUUCUAGAAUUGGUCAAAUGAGAAAUACAUUGAGAAGCAAAUUAGAAAGCUUGAGAACUCCAGGUACUUGGAACCAUAUAACUGAUCAAACAGGUAUGUUUUCAUUUACUGGUUUAACCCCACAAAUGGUUGAACGUUUGGAGAAACAUCACGGUAUCUAUUUGGUCAGCAGUGGUAGAGCCUCUGUUGCUGGAUUGAACGAACAUAAUGUCGACCAAGUGGCCAAGGCUAUUGAUGAAGUGGUCAGAUAUUUUGGUAAAAGUAAACUUUAG